AAGCAAACCAGGUACAAAGAUGAUGAUCAAAAGUUCAAAACAGAUCUCUCAUCUUUCGUGGUUGUUUAUAGCAAGCAACACACAGUUUCAGAGGAAGUCAGUUUGGUGAAAGGCGCCGCACAGAGUUUGAGUCUUGAGAUAUGAAAAGGCAGGGCAGUGAGCAGAGGCAGAGGCAAGGCCAGAAAUAAUAGAGAGAGAGUAGUGGCAUGGCAGUGAGGCAGAGUAGUGGCUGACACAGAGAGGUUCCUACCGACGAAUAUAUGGCAUCUGUAGCCAUCUGUGCCCCAUUGGAUUUUCUAUUUCUAAUGCGCACUUGCAUUCAUUUCUCUUAUUUCUCUCUUUGGCUCUAUGUGUUUUCGGAAUCAUAACAUACUACAAAUUAAUUAGGAAUCCCACUGCAGUUCGAGAGUUCGAGAGUUCGAGAGAGAUGGAUAUGGGUUUGUUGAAAAAAUGGUUUAAGUGGUCAGAGUUGGUGCUGGCCAUGGUGAUGGUGCAGAUAUUUGUAACUGGGUUGCAAUUGCUUUCCAAAGUGAUAUUGCGUGAGGGAACCUUCAUUUUUGCACUCAUGGCCUACCGUCAUAUCGUUGCUGCCAUUUGUGUUGCUCCUUUUGCCUUCUUUUUCGAAAGCAGUGUUAAACAAAUCAAGUUGGGUUGGUCAGUUUGGUUCUGGCUCUUUGUCAAUGCCUUAACAGGGAUCACAUCUGCGAUGGGAUUGUUUUACUAUGGCCUCCGAGACACCACGCCUACAUAUGCUACAAACUUCCUCAACUUAAUUCCGAUAGCAACGUUUGUGCUCUCCAUCAUCACUAGCAUAGAUAAAUUGAACCUGCAAACCAGAGCAGGCAAAGUCAAGACUUUUGGGGUAAUUGUAUGCGUUGGGGGGGCCCUCACUGCUAGCCUUUACAAGGGAAAGGCAUUUCAUAUGCGCCAGCACAGCCAUCACUCUCAUAUCACUGUCAACACAACUUAUGCUCACUGGACACGUGGCACUAUCAUGUUGGCCGGUAGCUGCCUGUCCUGUUCUACAUGGUUCAUAGUGCAAGCUAAAUUGCUCAAAAUAUUUCCACUCAAAUAUUGGGCAACAAUGCUAACGUGCAUUAUGGCAACCCUGCAAUCAACAGUCAUAGGCCUAUUUUUCGACAGACGGGCGGCUUCGUGGAGGUUAGGGUGGAAUUUGCAGCUAGUUACGAUAAUUUAUUCGGGAGCGCUAGCCACAGCUGCAACGUUCUGCUUAAUUUCAUGGGCCAUCUCAGUCCAAGGACCUCUCUAUCCUCCCAUGUUCAACCCAUUGUCUCUAAUUUUUGUUGCCUUAUCAUCAGCUGUCAUACUUGGCGAAGAGAUCAGAAUCGGAACUUUGCUGGGCAUGAUUCUGAUCAUGUUUGGAUUGUACUCCUUCUUGUGGGGUCAAAGAAAGGAAAUGAAAAGCCCAGAUUUGCCAAAAUCAGAAGCUCCGGGAGUAGCGAAAACAAAUGAUGAGCUGCCCGCAGCCACAGGGUUGCAACUGUCACCCGGGUGCUGAUUGCACUGCUAAUGUUGAAGAUGGUUGUGAGGAAAGCCAUUUCCCAGAAAAAGUUCACAUCACAGUAAGCAAAGAACUAGUUCUAAACAAAGUCGAAGGCUUUUUUUUUUCAAUCAUGUUGUACUUCAAAGGUUGUUCAGACUGUAUCUUGCUUUCAGAAAACAAAUUUAAUUAGAACAUAAACUGAGAAAAGCUUCCCUAACAAUUUCAUGAA